AUGAAGCUGGCGCACCUCUUCCUCGGCCCGGUGGCCCUCCUGCUCCUGGCUGGCAGCGCCUGCGGCCUCAGCACCUCCCGCGGGAACCUGCGCACCUUCGUGGGCUGUGCCGUGAGGGAGUUUACUUUCCUGGCCAAGAAGCCAGGCUGCAGGGGCCUUCGGAUCACCACGGACGCUUGCUGGGGUCGCUGUGAGACCUGGGAGAAGCCCAUUCUGGAACCCCCCUACAUUGAAGCCCAUCAUCGAGUCUGUACCUACAACGAGACCAAACAGGUGACCGUCAAGCUGCCCAACUGUGCCCCGGGAGUCGACCCCUUCUACACCUAUCCUGUGGCUGUCCGCUGUGACUGCGGAGCCUGCUCCACUGCCACCACGGAGUGUGAGACCAUCUGA